UGGAAGUGGUGUGUGGUGUCCCUGGAGUCAGUGUCUGAAAGUGUCCAUUCGCGGCUUCGUGGCCCAAGUGAUUGCCAACAUGGUGUAUCACAUCACUGCCGCACACCCACUGCAGGUGCGGGCGGUGCUGCCUGUGGAGGAGGGCGCAGCCGUGUACCACUGUGAGGCGCAGCUGGACGGCAGAACCAUUGUGACUCACUGCAUGGAGAAGAACAAGGCAGAGAAGGUGUACAAGGAGGCUUUGAAAGAGGGGAAGACUGCCCUCAUGACACGAGAAGACCCUAACUCAAGCGACAUUCUCACGCUUAACCUCGGCAACUUUCCUGCGGGAACGAGGGCCAAGGUCACCCUUCGUCUGGUGAUGGAGUUGAGGGUUGAGACAGACGGCGCCAUCAGCUUUGUUUUGUCCACAGUGCUCAACCCGCGCUACACCCCUGCUGACCACCCUCGCAGGCAAGAUUGGGACUGGAGGUGGGAGGAUCGAGGGGUGUAUGUGACACAGCCUUACUCCAUGGAGGUGAAGGCACAAGUAUGUGGUAACCACCAGAUAUCUCGGAUCGUCUCCCACACUGACCCACUCAACGUGACCCUGACUGAUGAUGCCAUGUCUGCCCAGGUGAGCCAGGACGGAGGGUUCAGCUGCGACCACGACUGGAGCAUGCUGGUGUACUACAGGAGUGCCUAACGGCCCCACCUGUUGCGGGAGACCGGUGAACGCUCUGCCACUGGGAUCAUGAAGGAUGACCUGCUCAUGCUGAACCUCUUCCCAGAGGUGCCCACCAACACCUACUCCAGCAUGAAUCAGAUUAUCUUUGUCAUCGACCGCUCAGGUGAGGUGGAGGCAGGUGGGACAGCUGGAUAAGGUCAGUAGGACCCAAAAACUGAUAUGAUGGGAUGCUGGAAGGCUUGUCAGUGCAGGACUAAGCAGAUAUGAUGUCUUUCAUAGCUUUUUAAACAGGCUGUGAGGGAGUUACUGGGGUUUUGAAGGAUGUUUCCAUGUUUCCAGUAAUAGUUCAACAAUGACUCCUUACUGUGACUCCUAAGCAGGAUGUGAGGGAAGUUACUGGGAUUUUCAAGGGUCCAACUCAGCAAGGUUGUACUAAGCUAACGUAAAUUAACCCCAAAAUUAGUUCGACUCAGUGAGUUUGUACUGUAGUUGUGCAGUGCUAACCUAACCUAAACUGACCUCACCAACAGGAAGCAUGCAUGGGCAAAAGAUAGAGAGUGCCCGGGCAACACUUCUUCUGUUCCUGAAGAGUCUGCCUCUGGGUUGCCUCUUCAACAUUGUCAGCUUCGGCUCAUCCUUCUCAGUGCUCUUCAAGAAGUGAGUGGUCCAGACUGGGUUAGGUUAAGA